AUGUUUUGCAAUCGUUUGGUAUUUGUGGCCUUAGCAGGUGCCCUAAUUUUUCUGGAACCUGUGAACACUGACAUCAGGAGAGACUGUCGGAGAGAGACAAAGGUUUCAUGGGCCGCUCUGAAAAAAAUGAAAUCCGGAGAUUUCGAGCAAAACGAUCAGAAACUGAAAUGCUACGUGAAGUGCUUCAUGGUGAAGAACGGAAUUCUGAACAACAACGCGGAGAUCGACGUGCAGAGAGCGCUCAGACACAUCCCGCGAAGUUUGCAGGAUUCCUCUAGACACUUGUUUAAUAAAUGCAAAUCUGUGUCCGCGACCGAUGCCUGCGACAAGGCCUUUCAGAUGUGCAAAUGUUACGUUAAACAUCAGCCACAGAUCUUGCACAGCGUUCCUUUCCUCUAA